AUGUUCGGUCGGGCGAGACUAAUAUCCAGACCAGCAAACUUCCGGCCUCUUCGGCAGCCACAAAUCGUAAAUAGAAGAUAUGCAUCGAGUGCUGCUCUACAACGAUGGGCGCCAAUCCUAAACGUAAUCACUGCUGCGUACGCCGGAGGCCUCAUUAUUUGCAGUGCUUCGCUAUUUCUAUUGUACAGAGAUGCUGUUGAUAGACAGAAUAUUCCAUUUGAGAUCGGCGUCAAUAAUACGGUCACGGCUGUGAAGGCCAUAGGUAAAGACGAUGUGUUGGAGAGUCCUAGAUACGCCGUGAAACACUACAGAAGGCUUUUGAUCGAGUUGGCAAAAAAAGAUGAUCCGGAUUUGGAGUUCGGCGAGACUUUGCCCGAUGGCCUGAGAAACUACACUGUUCCGUUGCUCUCAUCAGACGUUUUGCUCCAGAAGAAAUCCAAAGCAUUCGCAAACUUCUACGUAGACAUUGUGCUCAGAUAUGCGCGGGCAUUGUUGGCGAAAGGGUUGCUCAGAAACGCACUAGCGCUAUUUAAAGGAAUUGCUGACGAUGACGAGAUUUUCAACUACAUCGGUGACCCUGAGAAGAUGUCGCAGUGCUGUCGAACAUUGAGUAGAGUCACAGAUGAUCCGGCAGAGCAGUUCAAGUAUUUGGAACGAUCCAUCGCAAUGCUCUCAAAUACAUUUCAGAGCGUCCGAAUUGACCAAGACUUCUUGUUGCAAGAUGACUCGCAGCUCACAGAUGAACUUCUCCUCUCCUUGAACGCCCUUGCGUUCUGCCAUGCCAAAUAUGCGUCCACGCUUUCGAGAAAGCAACAGAAGCAGGAGCUCAACAAAGCGUUGAAUAUCUACUUGGCAAAUUUGAAGGCCCUUACUACCGUCAAGGACCGCAUAGUGUCAGGAGAACGUUCCCAGGCAUCAUAUCCAUUGAUUAACUGUGAUGUAGAGGGUUUAAACAUGUCUUUGGCCGAGAUCAAGGCUCAUAUCAGCGAGAUUCUAUGGGCCACCAAUCACAAAGAGAGUGCAAUCGCGUGGAGCGAGGAGAUUGUUCACGACAUCUACUUUGAGCAUUCUCGAAAUGCCAGAGCGUCGCCUAUUCUUGACGGGGUCUUAGGGAACUUGCAACUCAUGUACACCAAAACAAAACGACCCGAAGAGUCUGAGAGAUGUGAAGCAUUGAGAAAGGAUUUGAAUGUUUUUGACAAAGGGCAGCGUAGUUGGUACGAUAAUCUCAUCCGCCGGUUUACCAGAAUUAUCUAUCACAAGGGCCCAUUGGGAGUCAUUGAGAAGGCUCUUAAGGAGCGCGUUGGUCCUGUCCAGCCGCUUCCAGACAUUGAGUCGUAUGAAGAUGAAGACGAAGAAUAA